CGAGUGGGCAGUCGCUGUCGCAUUUUCCCGACCCGAGUUAGCAGCAGCUAGGGAAGGAGAGAGUCAGUGAGAGGCACAGGCGAGCUGGGGGGGAGCGGCGCGCGGCGGCCAGUGGGCGCCCGCCGUUCCCCAAGGCCCGCCUCUGCGUGGGGCGGGAGGAGUGAGAGUCUGCGCUUAAAAGGCGAGGAAUCGCCGACCGCAAGAUUUUUCCUCGACAGAUUCUGCCGCAGUCCGCUCCUUCCCGCUCCGCUCGUCUCUGCCUGCCUGCCCGGUCGCCGCCGCCGCCGCCGUGUCGCCCGCGUCCUCCGGGCCCCGUACCGCCGCCCGCCCUCUCCGGCCCCGGCGACGAGGUAACGCGCCCCAGGCCGAGCCGCCGGGCCCUCCGCCCCGAGCGCCGUCCUCUGAGCUCGCCCCGGUGGGUGUGGCCCUGUCUGUCCCGCGCCCCGCCGCCGCACUUCGGUCCCCUCCCGCGCCCAGUCGCAGCAUUUCGGCCUCCUCCUCCUGUGGCCCGUAGCUCCUGUCCCCUUUUCCCCACUACGGAGCCCCAGGGCCCCUGGGCUUGUCAAGAUGUCUGAGGCGACAGGAAAUCUCAACAGCCUCCGCAUGGCGAAUGUGGCCCUGCGUGAAGAAUUAAAUGCCCUUCGCGGGGAGAAUGCCAAUUUGGGCCUCCAGCUGGGAAGAGCCCUGGCGGAGGUUAAUUCCUUGCGGGGCAAUGUCUCGAGCUACAUCCGCUGGCCAGUGCCCAUAGUGCCCGUCCUAGCGGAGGAGAACUUGGAGUUCCCGCUCAGUGAGAUCGAAGCCAUUCCUGGGGGAGAGCUGCCCUUCUCGUGCCGGCCUCCCCCACGCGCGGAGCCCGAGUGUAUCUCGGAUGAUCUUUUGAUUAACGUGAUCCAGGAUUGCAGCAACCCCGACGGGCCCGCUGACCCUCCUCUGCUGCCCAUCUCGCCCCCGCCGGCGCUGCCCCCGCCCGCGUCAAAGGAGCCGCCCCCGCAGCCCCCUCUGCCACCGCUGCAGCGGCCUGAGAUAGAGCCCUUUUCAGGCGACCCAGUCUACCUAGCUGAAUUCCUGAUGCAGCUAGAGACCUUCAUAGCCGACCAUGAGGAUCAUUUCCCUGGGGGCGCCGAGCGGGUGGCCUUUCUGAUCUCCUUUUUCACUGGCGAAGCCAAGGACUGGGCCAUCUCGGUCACCCAGGAAGGAAGCCCCUUGCAUGCCAACUUCCCGCGCUUCCUGGAUGAAAUCCGUAAGGAAUUCUGUGGCCCCAUCCCCCCACGUGUGGCUAAAAAGGCUAUUCGCAAGCUCAGGCAGGGCGACUGUACCCUCGGCAGCUAUGCAGAUGCUUUUCAGUUCCUGGCUCAGUUCUUGUCUUGGGAUGACUGCCGCCUCCAAAACCAAUUCCUCAAAGGCCUGUCGGAAUUCUUCCGCAAGGAGCUUUUAUGGUCAACAGAAAUGGCCGACCUGGAUGAGCUGAUUCUAGAAUGUGUGGAGAUAGAAAGAAAAGUGCGCGUCCCCAAGCCUAUCCCGCUCCCUGGGGUUCGCAAUAUCCUCUUCCCUUUUGCUCCGAGUCCCAGUGAGGAAGAAAGUGAAGAUGAAGAGUACUACAGUGAAGAUGAAGACCAAGAGGCACACAGGCACAGGCUUCACCCCAAGGACCAGAGGAAGUGCAUAAGGGCUUUUCAGCAAGAGAUGAAGGAGAAGGAGGAGGAGGAGGAGAUGAAGAAGGAGGAAGAAAUCAAGAAGGAAGAGGAGGAGAAGGAGGAAGAGGAGGAAGAGGAAAUGAAACAGAAAGAGGAGGAGGAGAUAAGCAACAAGAAUGAGGAGGAAGGAGAGAGUAAGGGUGAAGAAGAUGAAGAUGAGGAUGGGGGCCAGACACCAGAGCAGGAGCCAGGGACUGAAGAGACCUAUGGUGAGGCAGAGGAGGAGCCCCUGGAUGAGGCCCAAGAUGAUGACCUAGAUGAGCUGAUGGAGAUGGAGCCGACCUUUGUUCACGCGUCAUCCCAGACUUCUGGUCCCACAAGUGGUUACCAUGCCGAAAACUUCCUGGGUGCAUCGCCUCCCAUAAUACAGCCCAGCAGACGGAGGAACCAGAAUCGAGUCCCACUUCUGGAAGGCCUUCCAGGCACCAAUUCACCAUUCUACAGCUCACCCCCACUGAUUCGCCGCACAGGUCGCUUGGGGCAACGCCAAGUUCGAAGACGGCCCCCUGUGCUUUUCCGCCUCACUCCGAGACAGGGAGGCCACCGAGCUGCUCGUGGCCGAAUUCGAGUGUGAGUGCUGGGGCCAGAUGGCCACCCAGAACACACCCUUCUUUUGCGUCCCCUGCCCCUGCUAUUGCUGCCAUACCUGCCCCAUCUGCUGACCAGACUUCAGGGAGUUUCAGACCUGCAGAACCUGAAGAAGACCUGCAGAACUCCAGACCAUCUUGCAGCCAUGACCAGAGAGUAACAUGUGGCCAACCAGGGCCACCUGAGAAAGGAGGGAUUAGCAAUAGCUGCCCUCUUGGCAUGUACUCUGCUCAGUCCUGCCAUGAGCUGGAGAGCAAGUUUCUGGGCCUGUUCCCAUAAAUGCACUGGUCACCCUCUUGUCUCCCCCCUCUGGUUGUUCCUAACCCUCACCUCUCCUGCGUUUCUUCACCCUGUGUUCUACAGUUUUAUCUCUCACUGACCCAUCAGGACUUCACCCAAUGCCUCACUGACCUGCCCCAAUGAGCAAGAGGAUAGGCUACCCUGAACUCCUAAAGCCACUGAGGCCAGUUGCUGGAUAGACUCAAUGGUGGGCAAGACGGUCUCAAGAAAUGUCCCUAGAAGCCUACACUCUUUUCAUGUCACACCUCCAGCAGAGGGCCUGGAAGAGGACCUGACAUCUAGCCCAGUGAGAGUGUGCAAAACCACAUGUCAAAUGGACAACUUGACCGAGAUUUGCCCUUGACUGACUGUGCAGGCUGGUUCCACUUACAGCACUGGAAUGUACCUUUGCAUAGACUCCCGUAUCAGGGCUCUUGGACUGGCUUGCCACAUCUGGAGCCCUUUCCUCUCACCGCAUUGCCCUCCUGGGCACCCCUGGUGGACAGCGCCCAGCAUUGCAGGCUCUACCACUUUCCUUGAUGUUGCCUAAAGGGUAGCCAGUUGGGGUUUGGGGAGGAGAAGGAGGAAGAAGAGGAGGAGGAGAAAGAAGCAGUAAUGAUCAUUCUGCCAUUGUAGAGAGUGACUCUUUCCUUAGGAAAGGUGGUCUUCUCCCCCUGCCAGGCUUUGGAUUGCAGCCCCCAGUCAAAUGCCCGACUGGCCAUUCUGUCUGAGAAUGACAGACAGAGGGCCCAUGGCCUGUUCUGAGCUCCCUUCGACUUCAAGGAUCCCUUAGUUUUGAGAGGAGAAAAGGCUGCACCCACCGUGGCCUCACAGCAGGGACCCCUUUUCAUGUCUUUGAACUGGGGGCCAAUCUAGGGUAGCUGCCUCUUAGGAACUCCUGGGACUUCUGGGUACAAGCUCAGGUGCCCUUAUAAAGAGACCCGCUGCUUGCCUUGAGUCCAGAAAUCACUGCUUCUGCAGUGAAAAAAACACAUUUACUAUGUCAGUUCUGGCCACAGAAUGCUAGCCAACUCCACUGCUGGCCUGAACUGCCCCUGGACACUGGACUUUUGCACAGUGCCUGGCAGCAAAGCAAGUGCGGCCAGGGUUUGUGGCCAAAGGAAUAGAACAUAGUAAAUUCAACCUUUGUUCCUCAUGGGAGUCUGACCAAUAACCUCAGCCCGACCUUAGGAUCUUGGGCCUGGAUGGAGGCAAGAGGAAGAAGCUGGAGGAAGAGGAGUUGCAGAGAAACCCAGUCCUCCGACUGGUUUCUGGUGAGGUCUCUAUUCAUCAUUGGGAGGAGUGCAUUCCAGAAGGGGACCUGCUAUUCUUCGAGGCUGUGGACCCUGUUUGCUGAUGGUUGACACUCUGGCCCUGCUGCCUCAUGUCCCUGUGGAGAAGUGUGAAGGACGGGUGCCUUACACCCACAAUUCCAGGGACCCUUCAGCAUAGGCCCUGCCUGUUCCCAUGGUGCUUCUCACCCUGAACCCUCAGAACCACAACCAGGGACAGAGCAGAUGAGCUGUGAGCUGGUUUCCACCCUCUGGGGGCAGGAGGGGCUUGGGCUUCCCUUUGACCCUCUUCCCCCCUUUCCCAGAUCUUCAAUAUUUGUUGUGAUAUAACAGCCGUAAGAGCUGUAAGAGGAACUGUGGGCUUUGGGAGCUUUCUUGGGUUGAAAGAGGGGCGGGGGGAGGGGAUGCAUGCAGGGGUAUGAAGGCAGCCCAAGGUCUCCCAGAAGCUCGGGAGGAAACCCGUUUGGAAUAUAUGAGUUAUUGUUUCAUUACUGUGUUGUGAAGAUAAGAAACUGCUCUGUAUGCUAAAGCUUUCUCUCCGCAAUAAAAAUAUAAAGGGUGUGUAAA